CUCCUCGACGUGUUUCUGGGUAUCCUUUCUUUUUAUGUGUCUUAGAAUUUUAUUCUUGGGAAGCAGACCACUCGUAUAGUGCGGCUUACACGUCGCAUUUACCCUUACAUCCACCAUGGCCUUCCAGUUCUUCGCCAGGGCGCAUCAGUCCAAAGCGCCCACUUCUCCACCUUUGUCUCCCCCUCAGGCUCCAACUACGAUAACCUCACCGUCUUCAAACAACUCUCACACCAGGCCACCUAAAGGUCCUCCUGCUAUCGUCGUACCGCCCUCUUCUGGCUCAUCCUCCGUGAGUCUGGCGUCCAAAUUUCAGCCUCCAGCAGGCCGAGACUCGACCCUCCAAGCUGUUCCAUACCCAAAGCCCAUCGCAUCAGGCCACCCCACUCCACACCCGCAUGUUACUGUUGAAGUCGUGAGCACAGCUCACAUCCCUUCCCUGACCAGAAUUACGGGCUUGUUGCUUCCUAUUCGCUAUCCGAACUCUUUCUACACAGCCACCAUCACUGACCCUGUGAUCUCGUCCCUGUCCCGCGUGGCCGUCUACCAUGAUCAUCCGGUAGCCGCCGCUCCCACCACUGCAGCGCCAUCUCCCUCAACGGGCUUGAAGACCUCAACAACUGGAUCAGACAAGGUCAUUGGAGGCAUCAGGUGCCGAUUGGAGCGGUUGCCGCCUACUACGGCUGGAAUCUUGCAAGGUCGGUCAAAUUCCGAGCCGACAAACCUCUACAUUCAAACCCUUCAUCUACUGUCGCCCUAUCGAGGUUGUGGGAUUGCAGCAUCGCUUCUUGACUCGCUACUCUACUCCGCAGGCUCCUUGCCAUCUUCUACUUCAUCCCAAUCGCGACCUGAUCAACAGGUCUCAGAUUUGGUGAAGCAUUACAACAUUCGCACCGUCACAGCCCAUGUCCACGAAGCCAACGAAGAUGGUCUGAAGUGGUACGUCGCACGAGGGUUCAAAGUGGAAGAUGGUGUAGUGGAAAACUACUACCGUCGCCUGAAGCCUUCUGGGGCAAAGAUUGUCAAGCUUGUUCUCCAAUGGACUGAUGCGCCCAAAGAGGAAACCCUUCCCUGCAGCAAGGAUCAAGACCAGCGCAAGGCGCCUGGGGGAGAUGAUGACGAUGACUGGGAGAAGGUCGAAGCUGAAGAUGGUGACGAUGAAGACCAUGGAGUAGAACCAUUCGCCGAUGCGGAUUCUAAGCUUUUCGAAGCUGAUGAGGGGGUGAGCAGGAAGCGUAAGGCAGACGAUGACCCCCAGCGGCCAUGAUAUUGCAAGUCCUGCUUAGAAUUAUAGAAGCACUGCUCAUUCGGUCUCCUGUUUGAUUUGUCUAUCUUUUGGCGUUCGGUUGUUUGCUCUUUGCCCCCCAUCACUGAUACCCUUAUCAUUGUCAAAUGUUUAUGCCAUAGAACACCCCUGUCUAUAUCAUAUAUAGUUCGGUUCUUUCCACUCGUGCUUGGGAUGUAUAUAGUCAUAUACACCAGGAUAAUCAUACUCC